AUGCUGUCUCGGGCUUCCUGUGGCAAAACAACAAAAUGGCGACAUCAGAGCAGAGAUCUCACGAACCUAUGUGUCUAAGCGAUUUUGAAGAACUUUCUAAAGAGAGGAUGAGUGUUUUGGCUCUGGAAUACUAUUCGGGAGGUGCUGAUGACGAGGUAACGCUCAAGGAAAACAUUCAGGCUUUCAAAAGGUUGAGGUUAAGACCUAGAAUGCUUCGAGGGAUAACAGAAGUGGACGUGUCUACCACUAUUCUUGGUCAUCAAGUCAGCAUGCCGAUCUGCAUUUCACCCACAGCGGUACACAAAAUGGCUCACCCUGAUGCCGAGGUUGCCACUGCAAAAGCCAGUUAUCCUCAAAGGUAUCCUUACAGCAGAAGAUGCUAAACUUGCUGUUCAACAUGGUGCAGAUGCCAUCAUAGUGUCAAACCAUGGUGGUAGACAGUUGGAUGGAGUACUAGCAACUAUUGAUGCUCUACCAGAAGUAGUGUCAGCUGUCAAUGGUCAAGUUGAGGUAUACUUGGAUGGUGGAGUGAGGCUUGGUACUGAUGUAUUGAAGGCAUUAGCACUGGGUGCACGUGCUGUGUUUAUUGGUCGGCCUGUGUUAUGGGGACUAGCGUGCCAGGGGGAGGAAGGUGUUCACAAAACUCUUGAGAUUCUACGCACUGAACUAAAGACGGCAAUGAUUCUCUCAGGGUGUUCCUCGUUAGCUGAUAUUCCAGCAUCUCUUAUAACAAAACAAUGCCAAUGUAAUCUUUAAAAAAUGGAAGUACGUUAUGGCUUGUAAUCCAGACUAAAAAUUGGCGCUAGUUUGACAUAUGAAGAUAAAAUUCAGUUCUUAGCACGGAAAAACGCUUUAUCUCAAACACUUAUAUUUAUUAGACUUCCAGUAAUUUACAUAUUAGCAUAUAAACACCGAGUUAUGAAAAAUGGUCAGCUGUAACAGUUCAUUGUUGUAAACUGUUAACAUUAAAUACAACAUCCAAUUCUG